AUGGGCGAUUCCACAAGCUACACCGAAGCAGAUACCCUCAUCGCAGCCGGCGGUGCCCCCACCGAGACAAUCUUCAAAGGCAGCGUGUACGGCAUUAAAAACCUCCCAAGUCGAAGUAUCGGUGCUGUUGACACGCUCAAACUCGAGGGCGCAGCCGAACUUUCCAGCUUUCCUUUUGGUAUACCGACUUCGAAUUGGGAUACCAGCCACACCACGCUCAGCGCUCUAGGUCUCGGACGGAACUCGACGUAUCUCAACGCUUUGCGAAAGGCAGAGAAGAUUACCUCGCGGGUGUGGUCUAUAUUCUGGGGCAUUUUCGGAGACGAGAAUCCCAUCGAUGGAUCGCUAGUCUUGGGCGGGUAUGAUGAGAUGAAAGUCAUGGGAGACAACUAUACUGCGCCUUUGGUAUAUGACCACUUUGAUGGGUCGCAGGGCUGCUGGACAGGUAUGAGGGUUACCGUGACGGACAUCAAGGUCAACUUUGCGGGUGGAACGAACACUAGCAUCUUUCCUUCAGGGACGGCGUUGCAUUGCUGUAUCGAUCCCGCGCAUCAUCUUCUGAUGGAAGCACCAAUGGAUCACAUUGAGAACUUUAAGAGUAUCGCUGAUAUCGAUGGUACACAUUCUACGACUGAUCUUCACUGGAUGGCUCUCCAACCGAGUAUUAGGAAACAAUUCACCGGCGAUCUUACCUUUUAUCUAGAUUCCGGUCUCGAGAUUCGCGUUCCGAAUAACCAGUUUGUCUUCCCGGAAACUGAAAUCGACAAAGACGGCUCAAGGGUACAAAAUCUUACUCGACAGAACAUUCUCAUCAAUAGCGUCGAAGAUGAGGCACCGAUACUAGGACGGUAUUUCCUCACGGCUGCUUAUCUGAUGGUGAAUCAAGACGCAGGUACAUUUACCCUGUGGAAGGCAAAUGCUACCGAGGAGAGCAAGCCCGUCAGGGUAUUUGAUCAAGAGACGGGGGAAAAGUGCGGCGACAAAGCGAGUGGUGUGAUACAGCCCUCUGCUUCUCCAACUGGUUCGACUACAGGGUCAGAUGAUCAAGAGACUGCCAAGAACAAUAGACCAUCUGGUAGAGUGAUUGGCGGUGCUGUCGCUGGUUCCGUGGUCGGAGCAGCUCUUAUUGCUUUGGGCGUUUAUUAUGUAUUGCGCCGCCACAAGAAAGAACCCACUGACCAGAGGACAGAAGACACGUAUUAUUAUUACCCCGCACAUGAAGACAUGCAAAGAUCCGAUGUUCAUGAGAUGGAUAGUAGUCCACGGGUUGUUAAAGAAGACAGGAAGACAGAUGCGUUUUGA